UCUUUGGCACAUAUAAAGCAGGACAACGCCUUAGAUUUGGUCACUUCACAGUGUCGGAAAGCAGGUUGUAUAUCGUUCAGCAGAAUUUUUUUCUGUGUCCCGCUUGUGCCCCGUACAGUAAAGGGUUUCUUAUUCCAUUCCAGUAUUUGAAUAACAACAACAAAAAUGAGUGACGUUAAGAUAAAAAGCUCCACAUCACACAUUCGAAGGAAAAAAAGAACGUCUAUUCGUUCAGGACCUCAAAUUGCUAUGGUAACUCAUGUCCGUUCUGCACCUAUUUCUCUGAGCGCUGGGGUGGCAAAAGAAUCUUCCCAAAGAAGUGUUGCUGAAAUGAAAAGUAGCAGCGAAAAAGAAAAGAGAGACCUACAAGGUUUGAAUUCAAAGCUUGCCAACCACCUUGAAAAAACACGUAUGCUGGAGGCUGAGAACAAAUACCUUAAAGAGCUUUUAAAUAAAGCUAAAGUUGAAUUUAACGUUGAUGUGAUCAAAAUCUCAUUCCAAGAGCAGCUGGAUGAAUUAAAAGCACUCCUCGAAGACAAGGAUAAGGAACUUGCAGCUGUGAAAUCCAAAAACGAAUCGCUUGAAGAAGAAGUUGAAGAUUUGACUGAACAACUUCGUCAAGUGCAGGACGAGAGAGACAGAGUGCAAGCCGAAAUCGAUGGAUUACACGAUGAAGUUGCCCGCCGCAUUGCAGACAGCGAAACCAGCAGAAGGAGGACAAGUGAACUGGAGAAGCAACUUGGAGAUUGGAAGAAGAGAUAUGGCAUUCUUGAGGCUCAAAUGGGUGAACUUAGAACGAACUUACAAAACGAAACUACUCAAAGACUGGAAUUAGAAAACCGUGUAACGAUGCUGGAAGAUGAACUUGCUUUCCUCAAUGAUGUCCAUAGUGCCGAAUGCAAAGAAUAUGAAGCAAUGUUAUCCAAAACACAGAAGCUACCCGAUUUCCAACAAUCAUGGAAGGCCGAAAUUGGAGAUAUAAUUGCUGAGUUAAGCGAAGAAUAUGAGGCUCAGUUGCAGUCAGUUACUGCGUCGAUGGAACGUCGACAUGCAGAACAGAUGCAGCAUCUGAAAGCAGGGGCCAGGCCCGAAAUGGCUGUUCAGGUCUCGAGUGAAAAUAGGCGUUCACGUAUGGAAGCAAGCGAUAUGUCGGGUCAAGUAAGCGCAUAUGAAACUCAGAUAGCAAAUAUGAAAAGUAGAAUGAGAGAUCUAGAAUCUCAACUGGAGGAAGCCCUAAACGGACGGGCAACAGAUGCUGCGAAUUACCAAUCUGAGAUUAGUGGCUUGCGUGCAGAGUUGGAGGCAAUGUUGAAGGAAUUACAAGACCUAAUGGAUGCUAAACUGUCCCUGGAAUUGGAAAUUGCAGCAUACCGCAAACUCCUUGAAGGAGAAGAGAGCAGGAUGACUUCAUUUGUGAGCAAUAUUGGUGGAUUUCAAACAGAAGCUGAGAGUUCACUACGAUCUGCACUCGGAGCAGCAAGCAGAAUGACUCUCAGUCGCUCUACAAGUGGCACCGUAUCUAUCAUUGAAUUGGAAACCGAAGGUAGAUAUAUUGAAAUUGAAGACAACGCUAAGUUUCCAAAGGGAGCAACAAACAUGAAAAACUGGACAUUGAUCCAAUCUCUAGACAAUGGCAAGUCCUUCACCCAUAAAUUUUCCGAGGGUAACGUGUUUAGUUCUGGUAAAACGCUCAAGGUUUGGGGAUCUAAGCACGGUGCUGGUCAAGGGGGCGUCACAUCUUCCGAUGUCUUUGAAUGGGGAACAAUGGCCACGCCAUGCACAAUUACUUUGAAAGACGACAAAGGCAAGGAAAGCGCUAAACUAGUUAUCAAAAUGGGUAUGUGAAGAACGUAACUUGUCCUGCCGAACUUCUGUGCAUGUUGUCUUCGCUGAAAAGUCACCGUUGUUUUUUUUUUUUUGUUUUUUUGUUGCAGUUAGCACCAAGUUUCAGAAAGUCCCUUUAUAAUAAUAGUUUCAGUUAAAAAAAAAAAUUCUAAUAUAAACUUCUAAGCACUUCAAAUUUACUAUUUUAAUCUUUUUACAUGAUUCUCUAAAAUUUAAGCUAAUGAUAAAGAUGAUGAGUAAAUUCAGUUGUCAAUAAAAAAAAAUGUGUUGCAACAUUGAUACACAAUUAUCAAACAUCAACAAAACGCUUCAGCUUGAUACCUCUAUAAUCAUGGUUCCAAUAAAGGCUGUUAGUCAAGUUACCUAGGUACUAUGACAAGCAAUCUGUUUUGCUAUCAAAUGUUUUAAUGGUAUUUCACUCAAUAAAAACUCAAAACGUAUGCAAUACAAAAAAAAAAAAAAAAGAAACAGCAACUGUAUUUUGGGAAAAUAUAAUUAAAUUUCUUAGCAUUAUUUCUUGUUUUAUUAAGGCGGCGAGCUGGCAGAAUCGUUAGCACAUUGUAAUGUGAGUUCAUAUUCCGCCGAGGUCGACUUUACCUCUCAUGCUUUCGGGUUCGAUAAAAUAAGCAUAUAUAUUUGACCCCUCUCCUCCCCCAAAAUUGCAGCCCUUGUGACAAAAUUUGCAGCCAUUAUUCCUUAUUCAAUUAACAACCUUGUACUUUGUAAUUCGAUUUCGAGGGUCUUCUCGCUAUAUUGUAUGAAAAGAAGGCAAUAAAAUGUUAUUAAUAUAAUA